GUCAUGACCGCCAACGGAGUUCACGUUAACGGCAGCACAAACGGACACUCUCGUCCCCUUCGUGGUCUUAAGCCGGGUGUCUAUGCACCAAUUCCGACUUUCUUCCUUCCUGACUCUGAAGAAUUAGAUAUUCCUGCAUUUGAAUCUCAUGUCUUACGUGUUGCAAAGGCUGGCGUCGGCCCACUCUUGGCUGGCUCUAUGGGCGAAGCACACCAUCUCUCAGACGCAGAGCGUUCAGUCCUAAUCCGCGCCGCCCGUCGCGCUCUAGAUUCAGCUGGUUUAGAAGGCGUACCUAUAAUAUCUGGAAUUGGCAGUGGAUCAACUCGCUCUGUUGUGCAGCUGGGUAAGGAAGCAGCUGACGCAGGGGCGGAUGCCACAAUCGCAAUUCUCAGCGGAUAUUUCGCGGGGGCUCUUGCUUCUAACCGGAAAGCCCUCAAGGCAUUUUGGACGGAGGUAUCAGAGAAGAGUCCGGUGCCAGUUCUCAUCUACAACUAUCCUGGCGCUGCGGGAGGCAUCGACUUAGACUCAGAGCUUGUUACUGACCUCGCGAGGGAAUGUCCGAACUUGGCCGGUGUCAAGCUAACAUGCGGCAACGUUGGCAAGCUGACGCGGAUCUGUGCGACGAUAUCAGAUAAAUCGUUCACUGCGGCGCAUCCGCGCAGGAAUCCGGCGUUCCCCUUCCUCGUCCUCGGUGGUUAUGCUGACUUCCUUCUUCCCUCCGCCUUCGCGAACGGGCACGGGGCAAUUACGGGGCUUGCAAACAUCGCUCCUCAUACACUCACACGACUCUUCGAGCUCUGUACCGCCGCUCUGUCUGACCCUUCGGUACUACCGGAAGCUCAACGUCUACAGGGCAUUGUCGCACGUGCGGACUCCACGAUUUCCAAAACGGGGAUCGCAGGGACAAAGUACAUUCUGGAGAAGCUCUACGGUUACGGUGGUCCGCCGCGACGGCCUCUUGUACCGAUAGAAUUGGAGUUGGGUGAAGCGCUUUACGCACAUCCUGACACUGUUGCUAUUGUUGCGGUGGAGCGUGAGCUCGCUGGAAAGCUCUAACGUCAGAUCGCUGUCUUCCUCGAGCUUGUACACGACCGAAGGUUGCAUGCUACGGGUAUGUAUGUAAAUUAUUUUCUGAGAACAACGACGAAGCUUUGGAUUCUGGACCGUUUGUGGGAUAGAGUGGGACGCGCUAGAAUAUAGUGUGGUUAAACGCCAUCCUUACCGCGCGGGACCUAAGCGGUUGUGGGCGGCUUUGGAUGGUGUACGGCGCCGACGUGUACGGUAUUUCUCCGAGAAGUCGAACGUCAACGAUAUGUAUUUGCUAGCUUUCUUAGUUCGUAUAUCUAGCAUAUACAUCACGCGACUCGCUCUGCCAAUUUCCGUUAAUGUUGAGUGUGGGACAAGCCGCGGAUACGUCGAUGGUCGAGGAACACAUCCGCGACAGCCUUCUGCAUCAAUACGUAG